AUGGCACAACUAGUAGAUGACAAUAUGGUGUGGUGCUGCGGGAACCAGUGGAGAUGCGUAGAUGGCGUUGACGUUGAAUGCGCACAAGGAGACGGGGACGAACAAGCUACUGCGACAACGACGGCGACGAGUCUGGAUGAUGCAAUCGUCGGGUCGUACUGUACCUUCCCGGUGGGACCGAGGUGCGCGCCACACCAGCCGACCUAUAAGUUGUCCGAACGGCACGACACCCUGCAAUUCUACAACGCCUUGUCAGGCCGUCUACCUCAGGUGUGCAUGUCGGCUGGGCGGUUAUUUAAAAAUGAAUGUUCGAAGCGUCAGGGAACCCUACUGCGAAUUCCAUUCUUGCAAAAAAAAACACAUUGA